AUGUCGUCCGAUGGCAAGGAGGCUCAGAAUGACGACGUCGUCGCCGUUGACCUAAACGGUGAUGGAGACAACAAGGGCGGGAACGCAGCUGAUCGCGCGGAUAUGUACCGUAUGGGGAAGAUACAGGAAUUGAGAAGAAACUUUCGAUUCCUGUCUAUAUUUGGCUUUUCCAUGAUACUCAUGGCGUCGUGGGAAUUUUCCUUGAGCGUUGCUACCAUUGGCCUUGUAAACGGCGGCACCGCCGGCUUCAUCUGGAUGUUCUUCGUUUGUUGGAUGGGAUUUCUCUUGGUGAACACGACAAUGGCCGAGAUGGCUUCGAUGGCACCUACUUCUGGAGGGCAAUAUCACUGGGUAUCGGAAUUCGCGCCGCCGCAGCAUCAGAAAUUUAUCAGCUACCUGAUGGGGUGGAUGUGUGUUCUUGGCUGGCAGACGUCGUGUGCAUCUUCUUCAUUCAUUGCCGGCACUCAGAUCCAAGGUCUCGCCAUUCUCAACUACCCCGACUAUGUCCCAAAACCAUGGCACGGUACGCUACUCACCGUGGCUGUUGCCUCCUUCUCGGUCUUCUUCAACACUGUCCUUGCAAGAAAGCUGCCAUUGAUCGAUGCCCUGAUUCUCGUCAUUCACAUCUUUGCCUUCUUUGGCAUCUUGGUCACGCUCUGGGUUCUUUCGCCCACGGCAAACGCCAGGGCUGUCUUCACCAACUUCAGCGAUGGCGGAGGUUGGGGCAGCUUGGGAGGGUCAACCCUUGUGGGAGUUCUUGCAGGCAUCCUGCCACUGCUGGGAGCGGACGCUGCUGUGCACAUGUCCGAGGAGCUGCGCGAUGCUAGUCGUACACUACCUCGCGCCAUGAUCUCGACCACUAUCUUCAACGGCGCAUUCGGAUGGAUCAUGGUCAUCACCUUUGCUUUCUGCAUAGGUGACCUGGAAGAGGUCAUUUCGUCUCCGACCGGCUAUCCCUUCAUGCAAGUAUUCUACAACACAACCAAGUCAGCGAGCAGUGCUACCGCUAUGUCGGUCUUCAUCGUGGCGAUGUCGGUCUUUUCCAAUCUGACCAUGGUAGCCACGGCGUCGCGCCAGCUUUUCGCAUUCGCUCGAGAUCAUGCGCUUCCAUUCAGUCCCUGGUUCUCAAACAUAAGAGCAGGGUGGGACGUCCCCUUCAACGCAAUCCUGACAACCUUUCUGUUUUCAGCCCUGCUCUCACUUAUCAACAUCGGCUCAGCUGUUGCCUUGAACUCCAUUACUUCGUUGGCAACAACAUCGCUUCUCUCCAGCUACAUUGUGUCGACAGGCUGCAUGAUAUGGCGACGUUGGACAGAGCGUUCACUUCUGCCGUCCAGAUUUAGCCUUGGUCGAUGGGGCCUUGUUGUUAACAUUGCCUCUGAGGCCUUCCUCGUCGUCAUCUUCGUCCUGGCAUUCAUGCCAGGUAAUCCCAACCCAACGCCGGCCGAAAUGAAUUGGAACAUUGUAAUUUAUGGCGGCGUCACCUUGUUCUCUUUGGCAUACUACUAUCUUCGAGGAAGUCAACGAUAUAAAGGCCCAGUGGCCUAUGUGAGAAAUCUUUCAUGUUGA